GAGAGAUUACAGAGCUCUGACAAUAUACCCAAGGGCUUUACAACAACAACCGUCCACAGCUUCGCAAGUUGCGUCAGCAGAAGAUCCCACGCUUUCACCAUGACGAGGGCUCGCUUAAAACAACAGGGAAUUUUCGCCUUGUUUGCAGUUUUGGUGGUUUUACUGAUUGCACGGACAGAUGCCAUAGAUACAUGCAAUCCUUCCCGCAACCAAUCCGACGCGGCUGGCAUUCCAUCCCAUGAUAGCCUUCCGCAAAACACGAGCAGUUGCCGUGGCAAUGUAUCCGGGAACUAUGAAGUGCACGUGCUCGGGGUAUUUGACAACAAGACGUCUGAUUCCAACCAGGAACCGAAAACUACACAUGUCAACAUCCGGGGAGCCACGGACAGUCCCAUUAUCCUGGUGCUGGUAAACACAGAUCACGUGACCUGGACAAUCGAAGCACAUAAGGAAAUCUCAUUGGCUGUAGUCGUUUUGAUGUCAAAUAGUUCUCAAACCACUGUGGAUUUCUCCAAGGCUGGCAACACUUCAUAUAUCCCCGUUCGAAGAGUGGAUCAGCCGACAGGAACCGAGUCUCUGGAGAACGCGUCUCAAUUGGUUCAUCAUAUUUCGGACACAUUCCUCUCUGUGACGUCAUUUACAGGAGCUGAAAAGGCUGAUAAAUGGGUUUUGCAUAUUGGAAAACGUUCAGAGCCUGUGUCAACUACAGUUGCCACAACAACACAGAAUCCAAAGGCACUGGAAGUUGAGCAAUGCUUGAAAUCCACUGAUUGCUGGUUGCAAUACAACUUCCAGUUUGAUGAUAACUGGAAUGACUGCCACGGGAAGCAGUUUGUUCGGCAAACCUCGUUGAAAGUCGGAAAGUACAUAGGCGUUGUCCUCUGCUCAGUUAAUAGAUAUAAGCUCCUCAUGUCGGAUAAUUUGCAAGGUAAAUUUCUCAACAUGGCAGACGGAAGUGGCGCAGGACAAGAUCAUUGUAACUUGAUUGGAGGACAGGAAUCUCUGGCAAAACUUUCUUCAAAUACAUUCGAUUCGCCAACAGCAAUAGGUUAUUACAGAUCUUUCGAUGGUCAGGAAUUUAAAAUCGGCAAACUGGGAUAUGGACCAAAAGACAGAUCAGAAUGGACCGGGAACUACUAUCCUACGUGGUACGAAUGUGGAGUAGACAUUCCCGGCCAGUCUCGAAUUCUAACGUGUGAUCCGGAGAUUUGCAAUCCAAACAUGGUAGCGACGCCCAGCCCACCACCAGAUUCGGAAGAUUCCUGCUUGUUAUCGUCUGAAUGCUGGCUCCAGUACAACUUCAACUAUGACGACAGCUACAGCGCAUGCUCGGGGACCCGAUACGUCCGGAAAACCGGGCAGACGAUUGGCCGUUUCAUCGGAGUUGUGCUGUGCUCGUCAACACGGUACAAACUCGUCAUGGCCGACAAUCUGACAGAGACAUUCCUGAACAUUGGCGAUGGUAGCGGGGCCGGAGAAGAUCAAUGCAUUUUAAUUGAAGGAGACGAGGAAUCGGCGAAGGUUUCUGGAGAAUUUUGGGAAUCUCCUGCAAACGAGGGCUUUUACAGAUCUUUUGCCACGGAUUCUUUUAAACGCGGUAAAAUUGGAUUUGGCCCGAAAGAUGGCUCACAGUGGACUGGAAGGUACUACUCCACGUGGUACGAGUGUGGAGUCAGAAUCCCAGGGAACUCUUCUGUCGUCAUAUCUAAAAAGCCUCUGCCACCGGCCGUCACUUCUGCUACAACACCACCAACUACCUCCACCGUAGCGCCAACACCAGUUGCCUGGGAUGACGUCCCGUUUGGUCAGGCGAAGUUCACAGGAGACAGAACGUUUGUUGUUCCUCAAGGCGUGACGAAACUGGACGUUAUCUGUAUAGGAGGUGGUGGCGGCGGCCGUGAUGGUCAUGCGAGCGGCAUGGUAACAGGAAAUGGCGGGAACUCAAGCUUUGGUGACUACCUGAGUGCAGAAGGUGGCAAGGGCGCGUCAACGGACAAUUCAGGUGGCGAAGGCGGUUACGGCACCGUGGCUAGCGGUGGUCAAGGCGGUGUAGGCGGGGGUUGCAGCGCUGGGGCUGGAGCCGCAGGGCAGACAAGUGGCGGUGGUCAUGGUGGCUUGGAAGCAGGCUCCUCUACGCACCCAUUCUGUGGGGCUGGUGGCAGUUCCGGGGGGUCUUCCUGUGGGCGCGAGUUUAGAAGUAUACCGCCGGGAAACUCGGGGCCUGGCGGUGUAGAUCCUAAAGAUAGAGCAGGCGGAUUUUACGGAGGUGGAGGUGGGAGCCGCGCUGGCGGUCGUGCAGGCGGAGGAGGUGGAUACUCUAGGGCCGUGAUUGAUGUGGUCGGUGGACAACGCAUCCCGUUGACAGUCGGCAAGAAGGGAUUCCCUGCGUACUGGGCCGGUCAACCUGCCCCAGGGGUGGUGGUGGUUGCAUGGGGUGGCCCUAUUAACCCCACGGGCUCCUUUGUGGACUAUCUAAGCGUGUCGGAGCUAGCGCCCCCAACAACGACUCCGCCCCCGACCACGCCAAUCACAACUCUGCCCAGGAAAAGCUGCGAUUUUAGUUACUACUGUAGCGGUGGCUACCGGAUGGGGGCGACAUGUGUUAACGGAUUUUGUGAGUGUAGCGGAAAGGGAUACAACAAAUACACCUGUCUACCGGAAGUUGGAUCGUGUCGAAUUUUAGCCAAUCAGGAUAGCGCAUUAGGUGUUCCAUCCGUGAGCUCCGGUACAUCUGUUCACAGUUGCGUGGGGAGUUCAGAUAACAGCUCCUAUGAGGUGCAUGUUAUUGGGAUCUACGAGAACACCGGCUCAAGGUCUUUUGUGACCGACACGACAGUCACCAUUGUGGGUAGAACGAAAAAACCGAUGGUGUUAGUACUCACCAGUUAUGAACCUGUCAGAUGGGUCAUUAGGAGAGAACCUUCCCUUGACAUACAAAAGGUCCUGUUGUAUUCCUAUUACCUAGACGAGAGUUCGGUGGUGAAUAGCCCUGUACUUGUCACCAAGGCUGGACGAAUGUCUGGCAGAGGAGAUGACUCUGGUGGCGGCAGCACCGCGAAACUUCUGACGGUACUGACGGACACGUACGGAGAUGUGGCGUCUUUUAGCGGAACUUACCGAGCUACCAGUUGGACCCUUACACUACCAGACACAUCCGCAGCUCCGUCUACGCAACCGCCGGUGACCAACAUGACAACAACAACAACAAGUACAUCAACUCUAGAUUCUGCGUCGUCAUGUCUUUCAUCGUCCACGUGCUGGCUUCAGUACAACUUCACCUACGAUGACAGCUACAGCGCAUGCUCCGGGACCCGGUAUGUCCGGGAAACCGGAAUGACUACAGGCCGUUACAUCGGAGUUGUCCUCUGCUCAAGUACAAGGUACAAGCUAUUGAUGGCAGACAACUUACAGGAGACAUUCCUUAACAUCGGAGACGGUAACGGGUCUGGGCAAGACCUUUGUCCAUUAGUUGGAGGAAGCGAGAAGUCAGCAGUACUUCCCUCGGACUUUUGGCAGUCUCCAUCAGUAACAGGCUACUACCGGUAUAACGCCGGUGAAGGCUUCACGAAAGGUCAAAUAGGGUUUGGACCUGAAGAUCGUUCCAAGUGGACAGGGAAGUAUUUUCCGACUUGGUACGAGUGCAAUGUCUCCGUCCCAGGGGAGCUAACUGUGGUAUCAUUCCAACAAACGACAACUGCCUCCCCGGUGCCGACGACGCAAACUAUCGUGACGCCUACGACACCCGUAACCUGGGACACGGUUUCAUUCGGUCAGAUAAUGUACAACAAAGAUGGCGUAUUUGUUGUUCCGGACAACGUCACCAAAGUGGACGUCAUCUGUGUAGGAGGUGGCGGUGGAGGUCGGGACAAUCACGUACCAUUCUCCAGGAAUGAAGGGCACGGUGGGGACGGUGGAAACUCCAGAUUUGGUGACCUCCUCUGGGCAGAAGGAGGGAAAGGUGCCCGAAAGGACAACACAGGCGGCGAAGGCGGACGAGGGAUGACUGCUAAUGGAGGACCCGGGGGCAUCGGAAGUAGCUGUAGUGCCGGAGCUGGGGCUGCCGGACAGACAAGUGGCGGGGGUCACGGCGGGUUGGAGGCAGGUUCCUCCACAUACCCAUUCUGUGGGGCAGGGGGAAGCUCUGGUGGAACAACAUGUGGGACAGAGUUUGAGAAUAUUGCUCCAGGAAAGUCGGGCCCCGGAGGUCAAGACCCUGUAGGACGAGCUGGAGGGCUGUACGGGGGAGGAGGAGGCAGUCGAGCCGGAGCACGUGCUGGAGGGGGAGGUGGUUACUCCAGGAGGGUGAUCACGGUUACACCCGGGCAGGAAAUCUCCGUGGGUGUGGGAGGUCUUGGUCAACCAUAUUAUCCUGGAGGUCGUCCAGCACCGGGCAUUGUUGUUGUUUCGUGGGGUGGUCCAAUCGAUCCGAACAGAAAGUCCCAGAAAUUACCAACCCCUUCUUAAUGGUUGUUUCUUUCAGAAACAAUAUCAUCUCAGUAAUAAAAAUCAUAUAUUUUAUGUAUUGCA